AUGAAACUGAACGACUGUGGGCUCGAUGUGGUUCGUGAUGAAAUUGUUCAUGAAGUGGGCUCAGUUUCGGAUAUGUUAAUGCGUGAAGAACAUGAGGAAUGCGAAAAUGUCGAUCAUGAAAACGAUUACAUGUUGAACGCUACACUGCUUAAAAACGGUCGUACUGCACACAGCACUUUUUCACUGCCCUUGAAGCGGUUAUCCAAGAAUGCUGUCGCGAACGUGGAUGCAGCAUUAUUGCAGAGUCGCAUGUUACGCAAAGAAGAUGUGAUAAUUUGGGAUGAGAUAUCAACGCAAAGCCGUUUUGCCGUAGAGUGUGUCGAUAGACUUCUGCGUGAUGUUGCUGCUCCAGAGAAUAGAGGCCACCAUUUGGAGGCGUUGUGA